CAAGUGUGCAUGUCCCAGUUUCCUGAUCGUCAGCCACAGGGUUUGGACUGAGGCUGCUUCACCCAGGAUGGCGAACCUGACUUUCAGACACUCUCCCUUCUCCUCCAGCCUCCACCACCACUGCCUCAGAUUGCUACUUCUCUGAGAACAGGGGGAGGCACUGGCCUACGUAAUCUCCAAAUGUGACCUCUCAGGUACACUUGAUUUACUUACGUGGGUAGAAGCCUUUGGAGGUAGUGAGCUGAGGUGAGGAGCAGCGUGAGGGUGUCCUGGGACACUCUUUGGCUGCAUCGGCCCCCAAGCUGGGGGUGAAGAUAGGCUGGCUGGAACGUGCCCUGCCGCAAGCCGGGCAAGGAUGAGGCGUUUCCUGAGCAGAAAGGGCCGCUUCUCCCUGCGCCAGAGCAAGUCGGGAACUCGGAGUGCCUCCAAAGAUUUCUACCUCGGCCUCCCAGCCACCAAUCAGAACUGGCCAGAGGCAUUUGGCUUCCGACUUGGAGGCACUGGGCCCAGCUAUAUCCUGUCUGUUGUAGAAGGCAGUAGUGCCUACCUGGCUGGCCUACAGCCUGGUGACCAGGUGGUGGACAUAGAGGGCCAGGAUGUGACCAACCUCAGCACACCGGCGCUGAUCGCUCUGGCUCAGACCCUCAAGACGGUCCCACCGAGCAUCGGGGUGGUGUCACGGAUUGAACAGAUUGACAUCAACCCUGGCCCAGAUGGCCGUUUUGGCUUCACCAUUGUGGGAGACAGCCCACUAAUGGUUGAGGACUGCAUGCCUAAUGGUCCAGCUGGCCGCAGUGGCCUCAAGGCAGGGGACUAUGUCAUGGAGGUCAACGGCAUUCCAGUGAAGCACCACGAAACAGCAGCCGCCAUGAUAAAAGCAGCUCAGGGACGACCUCUGCGUUUGGGUGUGCUCAGCAUGGCUCGUCGACCCAAGCGGCUGAGCAGCAGCAUGAGGGUGCUGUCACAGAGCGGGGAUAGCGUCAGGGAGAGCCGGGCCCACAAGGCCAUGGAGUUCAAUAAAAAAGUGGAGGACGUGUUAGGAGAGGAGCCAGAUGUGAAGGAACAGCUGUUUGAGGUGCUAAAGCAGUACGCUGCUGAGAGGGAUGUGGAGAGCCUGGCUGAGGCCCUGCCUGAUAUUCUGAUCACAGAGGAGCAUCAGCAACUGAUUGACAGUGUCAGGAUCUUCAUUCCCAAGAAGCACCGGGAGCGUUUUGACGAAGUGGUUUCCCAAAGCCUGAUGAGCCGGCUGAAGGGGCGCAGCUUUAGUGACCCCAGCCGCAGCCACCUUCGCCGUAGCCGAAGCGAGGAUCACCCCGAACGCCUUCUUGUCUCCACCCGCGCCAGCUCAGUGCCACGCACCCACGCAGAGGAAGGUGUGGUACCCCCUGCCCGAGGCAUGCGCAAGACCACGUCACUCAUAGCUGGCCACUCCAGUGGCACCACCACAAACUGCAGGACAGUGAGAGUUUGCAAGGGCAACAUGAGUUUUGGCUUCACUCUCAGAGGCCAUGCUCCAGUGUGGAUUGACUCCGUGAUCCCUGGAAGUCCUGCAGACAAAGCCGGUCUAAAACCAGGAGACCGCAUCCUGUUUCUCAAUGGACUGGACAUGAGGACCUCCUCGCAUGAAAAGGUAGUGUCCAUGCUGCAGGGAAGCGGUGCCAUGCCCACACUGGUAGUGGAGGAUGGGCCGCCUACAUUUACCCUUGCAGAGCAGGACCUUGCAGGAGGCGGUGUUCCUACAGAACGGGCCCGCUCUCCUGUGCUCAGCUCCCUCCAGUGGGUGGCAGAGAUUCUGCCUCCGAGUAUCAGGGUUCAGGGUCGCACCUUUGGGCAGCAGUUGGAGCACCUGCUGACCAUUCAGGAGAGAUACACAAUCUGCAAAGCAUUGGAGAACUUCUUCCAGCAUAGGAAUGUUGACACUCUGAUCGUGGAUGUGUUCCCAGUGCUGGACACUCCAGCAAAACAGGUGAUCUGGCAGUUUGUUUACCAGCUGCUUACGUAUGAAGAGCAAGAACACUGCCAGAGCAAGAUUUCACGUUUUCUUGGAUACAAAUCCCCAGUUCCACCUCCACCACCACCACCUCCCCCUCCUCCGGAGCCCGAGGUUGUCCCUGAGCCCCACCGCCGUAGCAGUUCCAUGAGGGUGACAGGGACCACGUACAGGAGCAGUGUGAGGGGACGUAGCUCUGAUGACCUGGUCAUUGGUACACACUUGGGCAUGGGCCACCGUGCAGAGCCAUUACUGGAGACGGGGAUGAGGCUAGCUCCAGGAGAGAGACAGUCAGGGGAUGGUACCUCUCUCCCUGAAACUCCCAACAACCUCACUAAUCUGUCAGCAGUGUACGCUGAACUGGAGAACAUGUAUUCAGCCAAGAGGUCCAAGUCUCUGAAGAGUCGCCCGCCUCCUGCCCCUGAGAGUUUGCUGGAUCUGGACCCUCCGUCACGCACGGCAUCCCCUACGAUACACCUUAACACAGGUAGCCGCAAAGGCCCUUCAUCCCAUACAUCCUGGCCGGAGCCUCUCCCCAGCCCCCCACAAUCCCAGUUCUAUCCAUCAGGGUUAACAAGCCAGACCAGUGGGGAGUCCAACCCUUACAUCAGCCUUGACAGUCCCCCUCCCUCACCUCCAGAACCCCCUGACUACCCGUCGAGCCCCCCUGCUCACCGCAGCAGCAAGCGCCGUUACACCUUCUCCAAACCGCCUCGCUCUGAAGACACAGACCGCUUUCUGGAUGCACUGAGCGAGCAGCUGGGACAGAGGGUGGCAAUUGUCGAUGACUUCUUGACUCCUGAAAACGACUAUGAAGAGGAUGUUGUGCAGAUGGGCUUCCCAGAUGAAGAGGAUGAGGAUAAUGAAGACGAUUUGGUGGUGGAUGAAGAAGAAAGUGGAGGAUUUGUCGCUCCAGAGCUCAGCAGCCCGAGUGAUGUCCAGAGCAGCAGUGGAGAAGAAAAUGCCUCAUCUCUGACCUACUCAUCUUCCUCUGAUCACAUUCCCCCACCCCCCAUGACCCCUCCUCCACCCCCACCAGUCCAGUUCAAUGAUCCACCUCCGCCUCCUCCGCCCCCAGCACCUGCACAGAGUCAACCGCAGCACCAACAGCAGCAACAGCAGCAGCAACUAAGCUACACUCCCGAACAUUCCCCAAGAACAUACGUGCCCAUCCGCCGGAAAUCCGGCCCUCCUCCCCCACCUCCUCCCCGCAGUAAUCCACCACCUAAACGCCACUCCUUGCAUAAAGUCCUCCCUACAAGGGAAGACCUACAGGUGCAUGCUACCAUACAAGAGCUAAAAGCCUACCAAGAGCAACAAGCCUACCAGGAAAGGCAAGCCUAUGAGGAGCAACAGGCGUAUAAAGAGAGGCAGGCAUAUGAAGAGCAAAAAGCCUUUGAAGAACAACAACUCCUGCAAGAGCAGCAGGCCUUGCAGGAACAACAAGCUUAUCAGGAGAAAAUGUUCAAAGAGAGACAGGCUUAUGAAGAGCAGAAGGCAUUCGAGGAGCAGAAAGCUUUUGAAGAGCAACAGUUGUACCAAGAGCAACAGGCCUACCAAGAAAGACAAGCGUACGAGCAGCGUCAAGCCUACCAGGAGCAAAAAGCAUAUGAACAGCGUCAAGCCUACAAGGAACAAAAAGCAUUCGAGGAGCUUCAAGCCUACAAGGAGCAAAAAGCAUUCGAGGAGCUUCAAGCCUACCAGGAACAAAAGGCCUAUGAGGAGCAAAAAGCCUAUGAGGAGCGACAAGCCUAUAAGGAGCAGCAAGCGUAUCAAGAGCAACAGCUGCACCAGAUCUACCAGAGCCACCACUCGAUGCCUGCCCAGCCAACGCAGCAGAAAGCCCAUUCACCUCUUCCUCUUCAGUCCUUACCUCCUCUUCCCUCUCCAGACUCCGUCCAUCACCAUGCAAACCACCCUCUUUACAUGAUGCGCCAAGCACAGCAGCAGCAGGCCCACCAGACUCAUCAUCACCGACGUCUGUCCCGUUCUGCGCCUCCCCCACACCAGCCGUCACCCCAACCAACAGGCCAUCCCAGCCAACAAGGUCAGUACGUAGAGGGCAUCUACCAAAGUCAUCAGAGUGUAAGACCCCAGCCCCACCAUUCCUCAACUGAGAUGCUCCACCAGAUGCACCAAGCCCCGGCUCAUCAUUCCUCAACUGAGGUGCUGCACCACUUGCAGCAAUCCCAGGCCCACCACUCAUCUGCUGAGAUGCUUCAACAGAUGCAGCAAGUCCAUGCCCACUACUCAUCAUCAGAAGUGCUCCACCAAAUGCACAAAUCCAAGGCCCAUCAUUCGUCAACAGAGCUCCUGCACCAGGCACAACAGAUGCAGCAAAUACAGCCUCUCCACUCCUCCACCGAACUUCUCCACCAAGCCCACCAGAUGCAUCGAGGACAGCCCCACCAUUCCUCAACUGAGCUGCUCCAUCAAAUUCAUAAACCCCAGGCGCACCACUCCUCUACAGAGCUUCUUCAUCAGGCCCAUCAAAUGCACCAACCCAAGCCCCAUCACUCCUCCACAGAGCUUCUGCAUCAAACCCAGCAAGAGCCUGCAUCCCUCCCAGUUCAGCUAAAUCGGGAUGGCCACUCCCAUCAGAGCAGGAGAAGUCUAAAGGGCCAUCAUCAAACUGAAGUGUCGGUGCAGGGGAGGCACCAAGAGCAGCAGAUCCACCAAACCCACCACCCCCAGCCCACAAAACCCUCCCCCCAGAGACCCCACUCUAUCCAGCAGACGCACCACCAUUCCAGCACUCCUCAGAUCCACCACAUCCAUCACAUGACCCCACAGCCACCUCCUCAGGACUACCAGCACCAGAUUCACGUCAUCCACCCUCCCCAGCAGCCUCACAGGCCCCAGCCCCUUCUCUCCACCUUUCAACCCCUGCAGCCACACCAACCCACCCUCUCCACUUUUCAGCCACUGCCUCAACACCCCCAGUCACAGCACCAAGUCCAGUCCUCCACCCAAACUGCCCGCCCACAGUCACAGCCCUCGCAUCAUUUGCUGCAAUCUCAACACCAGUCACAAUCCCAGCCUCACCAUAAACAAUCCCACAGCCAGAGCCAGCCCCAGUCCCUCCCCCACUCUCUUUCUGACCCCACGGAGCACCUAGAGCCCCCACCACCUCCUCCUCUCCCCCCACCCUGCUCCCCUCCACCUCUACCAAGACCUAGUCUGUCCAGAAUGGACUCCAACCAUAUGAGUGUAAAGAGGCUGCGCUGGGAGCAGGUGGAAAACUCAGAAGGGACAAUAUGGGGACAGUUGGGAGCAAAUUCUGACUAUGAAAAACUGCAUGACAUGGUGAAGUAUCUGGAUCUGGAGCUGCACUUUGGAACACAGAAGAGCGCCAUGCCUGCCCCAGAACCAUGCCCUCAGCUAGAAACCUUCAAGAAGAAAGAUGUUAUAGAAAUUCUGUCCCAUAAGAAAGCUUACAAUGCCUCCAUCCUGAUAGCACACCUGAAGCUGUCUCCAGGGGAACUGCGUCAGAUUUUGAUGAACAUGGCCACAGACAGGCUGGAGCCAGCCCACAUUAAACAGCUGCUACUAUAUGCCCCCGAUGCAGAGGAGAUCAAAAAAUAUGAAGAGUAUAGACAGGACCCCAGCAAACUGAGCGAGCCAGAUCAGUUUGUGCUGCAGAUGUUAUCAGUACCGGAGUACCAGACCCGCCUCCAGUGCCUCCUCUUCAAGUGUUCUCUUCAGGAGAAGACAGAGGAGCUGAAAGGAGCAUAUGACUGUAUUUACAACGCCUCCAUGGAGCUGAAGACCAGCAAGAAGCUAGCUAAGAUACUAGAGUUUGUGUUGGCGAUGGGGAACUACUUGAAUAACAGCCAGCCUAAAACCAACAAAACUACAGGCUUUAAGAUCAACUUCCUUACAGAGCUGAGCACAACUAAAACAGUGGAUGGGAAGUCAACAUUUCUGCAUAUCCUGGUUAAAUCGUUAUGUCAACACUUCCCGGAUGUGUUGGAUUUUUCCAAAGAUCUUACGAUGGUUCCACUUGCAGCAAAAGUAAACCAGAGGAACAUCACCUCCGAUCUGAAUGACCUUCAUACCACAAUCCAGGAGAUUCGCUCAGCUUGUCAGAAGAUGCCUGCGACCUCUGAGGACCGCUUUGCUGUUGUCAUGAGUAAUUUCCUGGAAAACAGUCAUCCUGCAAUCCAGUCUCUGGAGUCUCUCCAACAGAGAGCCAUGGAAGAAUUCAGCAAGACUGCCUCCUACUUUGGAGAAGACGGCAAAGCCACAAAUACCGAGGCCUUCUUUGGUAUCUUUGCCGAAUUCAUAAACAAGUUUGAGAGAGCUCUGAGUGAUCAGCAAGUUGCUGAAAUCCCAAAAAGCCCCAGGAGUCCACGAAUGGCCUCCCCGCUGGCCUGGUAACACACAUGCACGUGUGAAGAUUACAACAUGCAGUUGUUCAUACAGAACAAAGUAUACCCAAGUACACAAACAUCCUAUAUACGUAUACUAGUAUAUAAAUACAUUAACAUACAAGCACAUAAACCACACAUCACAAUACCAAGCAAAAAAAACAAGUUAGAUGAAGGGAAAAGCAGAAGCAUUGGCAUCAAAGACAGAUAAUGUAGCUUUAGACCAGUGUUGUACUAUAUUAUAUGUAUCUUCAAUGAUGACGACCAGUCAGUAGACUGCAACCUUGUUUAACCUUCAGGAUAACUCUGCUGUUUGAUAGUCGCUCAGUAACAUCGCAUAGUUUAAGUAAUAUUUCUCUAAGCCCUCUAAGUUUAGGUCAUUGAGCACCUGCAUAGUGCGGUAUGACAAUGAUUUAAUAAAAUCUUUGUGGCAUAACCACAAUUAAGACAUAGAUCCAAAGAUAGAUAUUUAAUUUAAAUAUAUUCACACUUGUUGGUUCAGAUGAAAGUACAAAAGCAGUUUUUGAAUUAGUUUGACCUUUUUAAGGUGCCCACCGCACUGAAUGUAACCUAAAUUCUUUACUAAGUGAUGCUUGUUUUCUUAAGUAAGUCCUCAGCUUAGGAUGCAUUCUUUGCAGCACUCCUUUAGUUUCAGUGGAAUUUUCCAUUUUCUACCAUGCCAGCUGUGGUGGUAAGAUUUUUUUUUUUUGUAUUGCUGUUGUAUAAUGGCUCAAAGUCACUGUUGGUGGAAUUUUCCAUCUCAAACCGUGCCAAUAUACCAGUAGGAUUUAUUUCUUUUUUGGAUUGUUCAUUUUGUUUCUGCAUUGCUCCUAUAUAAUGCUUUACUUCUUAUCCUACCAACAUGUACGUAUAUAAAGGUGUCACUGGCUCCAGUCUCGAAGACACUGAUAACAGAUUGCCGAAGUGGGAUUAUGUGGAUCUUACAGCGGGCACUGUGCAAUAAAUGAAUGUUUAACUGUAGUCCACUGUUUGGUGUUAUAUCUAUUAAAGUGUAAAUAGGGAUUAUAUUGUGCGUGUGGACUGUACAUAAUAAGACAGAAUAUGAAGAAAACAUACACUACAAUUUAUAAAGCACUUUGUUACUUUAAUGUAUUAACCAAGUAUUUCUUUUACUGAAUGUGUGAUAUGAUGGGACCAUAGAGUUAUACCACUGAGAGGUCGAAAUAUCAUAUCGUGUAGCAGCAUUUGAUAUCAUUUUCACACACAACUAAUAAUGCAGUAUACCAGCUGUUCAGAUAUUCCAGUGCUUUGUAAAAACUGAAGCUUAUAGCUAAUAUUUUUUGAAAUCAUAAAAUAUUAUUACAAAUUAUUACGGUAACAGUAAUGUGUGCAGUCAGUAAAACCUUUGUUUUCUAAUGGUAUAAGUUGUAAUGUUCUGGCUAAAGUACAGAAUGUAAACCUCUAAGGCACUGGCGUUCAUUUAAGGCCUACUAAGUGUUAAGUCUGUGUUUUGUAUUGUAAUCUAAAUCUGACAAAUAUAAAGAGCUGUGUGAGAUCCACA